AUGAUUCAAGACUGUCAGGAAGAUGCUUGCAUUCUCUACGCACGUGAUAUCAAGACCCCUUUGGUACCAAUACAUGUGAAGAUGUGUGAAGCAACUCUCUUCAGCCACAAUCACGAGGCUUGUUAUAUAUGUUCAGUGGAUCCCCGUGGUUGCAUGCAAGUCCAUAAUGAUGUGCAAGGUCUCCUAGAUAGAAAGGAACUUGAGGUUACAAGGGAAAUCAAGAGCAAAAGUGUCUGUGUUGUCACUCCGGUAUUCAGAGCUAGGAGGCCGCUUGUGAUAAACCCUAACAGUGCAAAGCCCGUUGGCACUCCUCUAGUAAUCUGUGUGCCUAGGCAUGUACCUCCUUCCUCUCAGAAAGCCGUACCUUACAAGUAUGAAGGCACAAUUCUAGAACUCGGAAGUGAAACGACUUCAUCCUCUGCUGUGGACAAUUUUUCCGAGAGUAGUCGGAUUUUGAGAAGCGGUCGCAUCCUUCCUACUGUGGGUCAGAACAACGCUAGUAUUCCAGUCGAAGAAACAGUAAAAGAACAUAACACAGGUAAAGGUAAAGCUGGGGAGCAGCCCAAAGAAGUUGACUAUGAGGAUGCUGAUGAAGUCUUAAAGCUGAUCAAGAUGAGCAAAUACAGGGUGGUGGACCAGUUGUUACAAACCCCUGCCAAAAUUUCCAUAAUGUCCUUGUUAUCGAGCUCUAGUGCUCAUCGGGAUGCCUUGAAGAAACUCGAAAGUAUUGUGGGGAAUGUGACCGUGUGUAACAGUCUGAGCUUCAGUGGUGAAGACCUCCCGGCGGAGGGGAAGGAGCACGAUCAGGCAUUAUUCAUAUCUGUACUUUGCAAAACAGACUCCUUAUCCAAUGUUCUGAUAGACACCGGCUCUGCUCUUAAUGUGAUGCCCAAAUUAACUCUCGACCAAUUGACAUAUUCUGAGGCUCUCUUGAGGCCCAGUAAGGUGAUGGUGAGGGCGUUUGAUGGGACCAGAAUAUCAGUAUAUGGUGAGAUAGAUUUGCCAAUCUCAGUCGGCCCACAUGAGUUUCAGGUUACUUUUCAAGUCAUGGAGAUCCAGGCUUCUUUCAGCUGCUUACUUGGCAGACCAUGGAUUCAUGACGCUGGGACAGUGACAUCCACUCUCCACCAGAAGUUGAAGUUUGUAAGUCAUGGAAAGCUAAUUACUGUGAGUGGUGAGUCAGCCUUUUUGAUCAGCAAUCUGUCUGCUUUCUCUGUUAUUGGUGGUAAUAGUUCAGACGGGUCGUCAUUCCAAGGGUUCUUUGCCGAAGAAAGUGUAGGUAAGAUUGAGACUUGUAUGACUUCGUUGAAAGACGCCCAGAGGGUAAUUCAGGAAGGCAAAACCGAAGGUUGGGGUCAGCUAGUGGAAUUACCAAAAAACAAGCGCAAAGAAGGAAUUGGUUUUCCUAACAGCAAGCCUAGGAUGUUCGACCCUACCAAAGGCUCUUUCCACAGUGCCGGAUUCAUCCAUGAUUCGCUAGAGACCAAUGCAAUUACAGAUGAUGCGCCUGAAGGAGUGGUACCUGUCUUUAUGACACCUGGAGGAGCCUGCUGCAACUGGAUUGCUGUAGACAUUCCUUCUGCGAUACCCCGUUCUAAACUGAACAUAAAUGAGCCUGUUGAACACAGUAACCCCAUGCUUCCUCCCAACUUUGAGGCCCCGGUUUACGAGGCUAUAGUAGAGGAGGAUGAGGAGAUUCCUGAUGAGAUUAAAUGGAUGUUGGAACAAGAAAGAAAGACAAUUCAACCUCAUCAGGAAGAGAUAGAAAUCAUCAAUCUGGGUACUGAGGAAGACAAGAAAGAAAUCAAGAUCGGGGCAUUGUUGGAGGUAUCUGUCAAGAAGAGGAUAAUUGAGCUUCUCAGAGAGUAUAAUGAUAUAUUUGCAUCGUCAUACAAGGACAUGCCGGGUCUAGACCCUGAUGUUGUGGAACACAUACUGCCUUUGAAGCCUGAGUGUCUUUCAGUAAAGCAGAAAUUGAGAAGAUCUCAUCCCGAUAUGGCCCUCAAGAUCAAAGAGAAAGUGCGAAAGUAG